AAAUGAAACAAAACGAAGCAAAGGGUUUGGGAUUCUGAGGUUUUAGAGAGAGAACUCUCACUCAGAUUCAGCAACCAUGACACUCCUCCGAUCAAUUUCCGGUGCUUCUCACCGGUCACUGUUUCUUCGUGCCAUCGGCCGGCGACACCUGGCUUCUACUCCGGCUCCGGCUCCGGCUCAGGCGGAGGAAUACAAGAGGAGAAACUACGCCAACAAUGUCACGGAGUACAACGGCGUCGUUAACUCCAUCACUGCGCAGAGAAGGUUCUCUUUUCUUCUGAGAGACGUCUACGACGACAUGUCGCUCGACGGAGUCCAGCCGGACCGAGACACCUUCCACUCGCUCAUUUUGGGGUCCAUGAAAGGGGCUCGCUUGCAGGACGCGUUCUACUUCACUGAGCAGAUGAAAUCCAUGGGCUUGGUUCCUGAUGUCAAUUCGUACAACAUGUUGAUUUCGGUGUGUGGGAAGUGCAAGAACUCGGAGCAGGCGAUUCAGUUAUUGGAGGAAAUGAAGAAGUAUAAAGUAAAGCCGAUGGUGCAAACCUACAUGUGUCUCCUCAAUGCAUGUGCAGCUGCUGGCCGUCUAGAUCAAGUGUAUGCAAUUGUCCGCGACAUGACUGCUGCUGGUCUUGGGUUAAACAAGUUUUGCUAUGCGGGACUUAUAACUGCACUGAGGAACAAGACACCCUUACCAGAUGAUUAUGCUGCCAAAAUUAUAGAGUUUGUGGAGCGGUCAAAAGAGUGGUCAUCGGUAGAAGCUUCAAGUGAAACAGCUCAAAAUGUAAUGACGGGGGUAACAGAGGAGGAGCUGUAUAACAUGCCAACAGCUGAGUAUAUUAAUAGGCGUGGAUUUUUGAAUAGGCCACUAACCGUGUAUCAUGUUGCAUUUCAUGCAUGUGCGGACCUUCGAAAUGUUGAGGUGAUGGAAGCUCUUUUGGACAUGCUAAAAAAGGAUGGGAAAUUUCCUGAUACCUAUAUUGUGAUUCAAACUAUGAGAUGCUAUUUGAACUGUGGGGAUAUUGAUCGUGGUUGGCAAACGGUUGAUGAAUAUCUGAAGUCAGGAAGGCCUCCUGUACCAGAACUCUAUACGACACUUGCAGAGGGUGCCAUGAUUGGAUAUACUCCUACGGGAAUGCAAAUUGCCCAAAAGGCAUUGGAAGAUAUGAAUUCCAGGAACUUUUACUUGCUCCCAAGACAAGGGACUGAUCUUCUCCUUGCAGCUGCCGGUGAAAAGACUGGAGGUUAUACUACUGCAAACUAUAUAUGGGACUUGAUGCAAGCUCGUAAAGUAACUCCUCAACUUCCUGCAGUAGAAGCAUAUUACAAUGGCUUGAAAGAACGCGAGAUUCCUGCUGAUGAUCCACGACUAGUACUGGUUAAGCGUACUUAUGAAAACCUUUCUUCGAGAUUCAGAGGACGACGACCAAAUUAAACGAUGAUGACAGUCUCCAAUGACUAGUCGCCAUGGUUUGUUGUCGUUGAACUGACACAAUGACAUCAUUAAUGUUUAGGAGGAAAAAGACAUUCAUCCGUGUUGGCUAAAUGAACCUCGAGUCGGUGUUGUGGAUACUUGUAUGUUUUACAUACAUUUCAAGGCCAUCGUGGUGAGGGGUGUGUUAAGAGUUCACAUGUUGUGGCUUUUGGGCACCUCUUCCGGCAGAAUGAGCUCGCCUGACAAAUUUUUAUUCUUCAUUUUUCUGGAUGCAUCAAGUUUCAAUAACUAUAGUGAAGACUGAAGAGUACUCUGCUUAAUAAAACAAAUAUGUAGAAUUCUUCUUUUUUGUUUUUU